UACUUUUAACUGCAGUGGGGGUUAACGUGUAUUUCAUCAUACAGAAUUUAGCUACUUUGGUGAAAGCGGGGCUCCAUCUGUUUUUGUGAGCACUUUCUCGAUGACCACUGUAGAUCCGUGCACACUAGGAGUACGUGUGCUGACCUGAAGUUCUUGCAGGUUACGUCUCCUGGGCAAGCCUGCUACGGGAAGGGCCAUUCCUGUUGCUACACGGGAAAGCAUAAUUAAUAAUUCACAUGGGGGUUGUGGCUGCAGGAUUUCAACAGUUAAUCAUUCCAAUUAAGUGAAAACACUUUGAUAGGCUCUGCUCAAUUAAAUAGAACACUUGAGGAGCACGUGCUCAAUUAAACAUGGGUGGCUUGGAAGAACUUUGUGCGAGUGAGAGAGAGAGAGAGAGAGAGAGAAUGAUGUGUGUGACUAUUGCCAAGCAAGGGUCUGUGAUGGCAUAUCGAUAGGAUGAUUUAAAGCCAGUCGCCUGAGUCCAUAUAAACCAUCAGGCUCUGAGGACAUUCAAUAAGAGCCUGUUGCCUUUCUUUGGUGUGGCUCGAAAAGUCUUAAAUCUUGGAAGCUGGACCUUAGGCGAGUUACUUAACCUCUUGAGUCCAUAACUUACUUCUGUGUGCAAUGGAGGCCGUGAGAAUUAUUGGUCUCGGUGAUUAAAUUAUGAGAAGGGAGAAGCACAGAACCAAACACGUAGAAGGUGCUCUGUAACUAGAGGUUCGCUCCCAUUAACACUCCCCUCCCCCCACGGCUUAUCCCAUGUCCACUUGAUGCCAGGAGCUCCUGCAGAUGCUGGGGAUUCGGGGCCAGGAAAGAGAAGGUCUAUAUCCUGUGGGAGGUGACCUUUCUCCUGGGGAGUCAGGUAAAAACAAACAGUUUCAUUUGAGGAUGAUUGUUAGGUAGUGAGAAGUAUUAUGAGUAAACGGUGAUUGGGCUCAAGAGCGAAGACACUUUGAGGAGAUGACACUUGAUUGAGGUCUGAAUUCUUAGAAGGAACUACCUGUGGCACAUUCAGAGCCCUGAGGGGGCAUCACCUUGGCAUAGUUGGGACAGAAUGAAUGCCAGGGUGUCUGGAAAGAAUGACUGAGAUGUGGGGUGCAGAAUUUGGGCCAGGUGGGCCAGGCUGGGGUCUUUGUAAGGGGCUAAGGCCUCGGGUCUCUGGCUUGAGGACAGUGAGACAAGGUUGUAAUGGGCCAUGUUUUUCAGAAGGUAAGUGUGAGAUGUUCUGCCAGUUCCACGUGGCAGCAAAACCUCCACGUCAGUGGAAGUGAGUUUUCGUAAUGAAUUGUGUAAGGAUUCAUGUGUAAGGACCAGUUUGUUUUGUAUCAGAAGCCAAAGUCAAACCAGACCUCAGAUGUACACCAGGAAGACUCCCAAGUGCUCAGAGGGGCCCUACCCAGCUGACAGUGGGCCACAGAGGGCAUAGCUGCUGGGCACCGGGGGUGUCACUCACACCAGGGAAGUACCUGUGCUGGGCAGUGGGCUAAAGACAGGGCUGGGGCUUCUGUGGAUGUUGAGACUAAAGGAGGCCCUUCUGCUCACACCCGUGAUGGCACCAAGAGCCUGUGGAGAGGAGCCCAGGAAGUCCCAACCCCAUGGUCCUUCCUAUCUCUGAGCUUUCUGGGACCGCCCACACAUUCCCAUAAGGCUGUCUUAUCUAAAGUCUACCCAAAUCUUUUUAAAUUAUUACUCUUUUCUGAUUACCAAAGAAAUGUAGCUCGGUUACUAAAAAUUCACAUGGUACUAGAAUAGAAAGCAGAAGACCUUUCUAAAUCCAGACUCUACCCCAGUGUGGCACACAUUACGGUAGAGGUGUGCUUAGUUCAGCAACAAGUCACUCCGUUUACUCCUUUUUUCCCCUGAAUUGCAAAUAUGUAGUUGGCUGUUCUCUCUCCGUCCCUACUCUCUUUGGAUUUUUUAGUGAACAGUUACUGUCUGUCUCCAUCUUCUUUAAAGGGUUUGCAUUUUUGUAAUCUGUGUGUCAUCUAUUUUAGCCACCUGUUGAUUUUUUUUUCAUUUUUAUUUCUUUUUCUUUUCUUUUCUUUUUUUUCUUGUUUUCUACCACUUGUUGAUUUUAUGUUUAAGCUCUUCAGUUUUCUUCCUGCUCUGAGUUCUAGGACUCUUUAGUAAGGUCUCCAGCCCUCUGAGCCACAUUCAUCAUUCACCCUCUCCUUCUCUUAUUUUUGACAGUGGGAUUGUUUCGUCCUAUAGUAUAUUGUUUUCCAUGCUUUUACUUUUCACCUAUCUAUGUCUUUACAUUCAAAGUUUUUAUAUUUAAAGCUUCUUACAGAUGGCAUAGAGCUGAGUAUUGUUUUUUUAAUGUAGUCUAGUAAUCCCUGCUUUUCAGCUCAAGUGUUUACUCCAUUUACAUUUAACUUGGUUAUCCAUGUAGUUGGACUUAAGUUCGCCAUUUUGCUAUUUGUUUCUGUUUAUCCUCUCUGUUCUUUUUCCUUUGUUGCUUUACUCUUUUGGAUUAUUUUUUAGAAUUGUAUUUUAUCUCCACUCCUGGCUUAUUAGCAUGUAUCAGAGUCUCGGAGGGCUUCCUAAAACACUAAAUCAUACAUUUUACUUAUAUGUAUGGUAUAAAUCCCACAGUACCUUAUUAUUUUUGCUUUAAAUGGUCAGUUAUUUUUUACAAGAUUUAAAAAUAAAGGGGGUAAAAGUGUUUUUACAUUUCUGAUGUUCUUCAUUCCUUUGUGUUGAUCCAAGUUUCCAUCUGGUAUCAUUUUCCUUCACCUGAAGAACUUUCUUUAAUGUGUCUCAUAGUACAGGUCUGCUGGUGACCAAUUCUUUUUGUCUGAAAAAAGUUUUUAUAUUGCCCUCAUUUUUGAAGGGUAUUUCCCCUGAAUAUAGAAUUCUAGGUUGACAGGGUUUUUUCUCUUUAGCACUUUAAAAAUGUCAUUUAGUUGUUUGGAGCUUGCACAUUUUCUGAUAAGAAGUCCACAGUUACUCUUAUCGUUGAGCUUCUCUAUAGAACAUGACCCCCACACACACACCCUGCUGCUGUAGGAUUUUCUCUUUAUCACUAGUGUUCAGCAAUUUUAUUUUGACGUGUUUUGGUGUGCACAUGUGGCUUUUUGGUUUUGUUGUUGGUUUGUUUAGUCUUGAUAGGGGUUGGCUGGGCUUCUUGGAGCUAGUUUUCAUCAAAUUAGGGUAUUGUUGCAUUUGUAUUGUAUUGUUGUAUUAGUUGUAUUUCUUCAACUACAUUUUUAUCCUCUCUCCUUUUCCUCUUCUUUUCAGAUUCCAGUUUCAUAUGUGUUAGGUGAUUUUCUGUUAUAUCCAGGUCACUGACGCUGUUUUUUAAAUAUCUUUUUUCUUUUCAUUUUGAUCUUCAUUUGGGAUAGUUUCUGUUGCUGUAUCCUUGAGUUUUUUAAUCUUUUUGGGGGGACAGAGGUCAGUGUCUAAUCUGCUGCUAAUCACGUCGAGUGAAAUUUUCAUUUUAACUGUUACAGUUUUCACCUCUAGAAGCCCCAUUUGUAUCUUGUUUAUAUCGUUCAUUUUUUUCCAUUGUGUUUCUGUUCUUCUCUCAGUCUUGUACAGAGUUAAACUAGCUGUUGUCCUUGUCUGUAAGUUCUGCCAGUCAUCACUUUUGAGUUACGUCCGUUGACCUGAUUUUCCUGCUUCUUGGCGUUCCAGAUGAUAUUGCUGAGCGGCUAGAGUCUGUUACUUCACUUUGCAAGAGGGUUGGACUUCCUUUGAGGGCGUAGUUAUUUGUGGAACAGCUUCAUCACAUCAAGGCCUUAAGCUUUUCUAGAGCACGUUCAGGGUAGCUGUGGCUCCAGGAGACGGUCAGUGCUACUACUGAGGCAUAGCCCCUCUGAUUCUCUACUGAAUGGUCCCAGGCAUCACUGAGGACUCUACUCUGACUGGUUGGGAAUCGUUCAGCUUAAAGCCUCCGGGCCCUUCCUUUCCUAGUCUUUAGGAGUUUUAUUAUGGACCAUGGCUUGGGAGUUAGGAAAGACCCAAGGGGAGCGCUGUGCUGAUUUUUUGGAGCUCCUUUUUUCUGCCUCGCUCCCUCCUUUCUGGCACUCUUCUCUGCAACUUCUAGCUGCAUCAGCUGUCAUGAAUGCUAGUCUGUGUCUUGAUGAAGCCACCAAGCUCUAUCAGAGGCCCCCUUCCCUGCACGCUCAGUCUGGACAUGGCCUCCAGGCAGGGCCAGGGCAAUGAGACGGCUCAUCGCGGUUGUUUCUCUUCUCUCGGGAUGAUGAUCCUGCACUUUCUGCUGCCCAGUAUCUGAAAACUUGUUUCAAAUUGCUUCUGUCCAGUUUGAUACUUGUUUACAGCAGGACAUUGUUCUUUGUUCCAAUAUCCUGGCCAGAAGUAGAAGUGUCCGUCCGUCCCUCUCAAUAUAAUACCCGAUUUUACGUAAAAGUGUUUCUGGAAUGUCUGGGCCUUCUACUCCUUGAGCUAGUGUAAAAAAUGCCUCCUUCUCAUUUACUUGUGAAUUGAGUAGAAUUGACCUGACAUCAGAACAGAAGCUGUGUUCCUGUUUGUAUUGGCUGAAGUAGGAGGCCUCUGAUACACACACGUUUGUGGUAAUAUAAUCACAACAUUUGCAUAUUUUGCAAUCUGGAAGAAAAAGGUAAAUCUGAACAUAUCGUUCAGAUCUUUUAUUUAGCAACGUGGUGUUUGAAGAUCUUUUCUUUUUCUAGUUGUUUUGUUCACCUUUCCAUUUGGUCACACAUUUCUCAGAAACCUUCUUGUCUGCGUCUGCUUCACGGGCACUGGCUUCAUCGUUUGCAUUGUGUGGGGUAAGGCCUUUAAAAGGCCUUGCUUCUGGCCAGUGAAACCAGGAUCCCACUCUUCCGCUGCCUCUCUUCGCUCCAGUGGCCCAGUCUUUCUUGUUGCCCUUCCAAAGUGGGCAAGAUCUCAUCUAUCUUCUCACUUAGGUCUUCUUCUGAUGUUGCUGUGGGGACACUUCCUUCUGAUGCAGUGUGAGCACUGACCUCUCUGAGGCUGGCUGCGAGGAGGCCUGUGGCCGGCCUGUCCCAGAGAGCCCGUCUCGCUACCGUUGGCUCUCCACGUGUGUCUGUCUUCUCCAGGCUGUUCCUGGGCCAACAUUCAUUUGUCUUGUCCGGGCUCCAUCUAGCCUGCCUGUAUUAACUCUUUGCCGUCUGUGUCCCCCAGUGUUCGCAGUUGUGUGCUCUGGCUUGUCACUCAGCUCCUGUGCAAGAGAAGACUGAAUAAGAUAUAAAACCAGGGGAAAGGAAAUCACUAGUCUUGUCCUGGGGGACCCAAAAGCAGGGCCGCUGUCACUCAUGGCUCUUCUCACUUUUCUUAGCUUUGCCUGCCCCCUCCCCGGGCCUUGCCCUCCCCCAGGAUGGAGCCCAGGAAACCAGGUUCUGGCAGGCCUUCCUGAGACGCUUGAGGCCCAGGAUUCAGUGACAUUUGACGACGUGGCCCAGGCCGGACGCCGAGCAGAGGACGCUGGUACAUUAGAGGAACACGACCUCUGGGGGAGUUCCUGUUCUGAAUCCUACCUGGUGUCCGGCCCCUGACGCUGGUAUCGGCCCCAUCCCUUAGUGCAAACUGAGCGAAGUAGUGUUCUGUCCCAGCUUCUGGUUGGCCGCGCGCAGCCGUCGUGCCGCAGCCGCCCCGGGCCCUGCGGUCAGCAGCCGCCUCCACAGGAACGGGAUGGCCGACAAGGGAGAGUAACCUCAUCCUUCUCCUGUCAGGAGGCGUCUGGGCACGCGAGCGGCAGGCGAUGGGUGAAGAAGCGCAGCCGCAGGAGAUGGCCUCCAGCAGCUCCCCGCAGGCCGGCGAGCCCAGCCCUGAGGUCAAGCAGAACAGGGACGCUGGGGGUCGGGGGGGCAGCCCUCAGGACCUGCCUAUAGAGCAUCACUUCUCCUGUAAGGAGUGUGGGGACGCCUUUCGGCUCAAGGUCCUCCUGGUGCAGCACCAGAGGAUUCACAGCGAGGAGAAGGGCUGGGAGUGCGGCGAUUGCGGGAGGGUCUUCCGGGGGGUCUCCGAGUUCAACGAGCACCGCAAGAGCCACGUGGCUGCCGAGCCGCAGCCGGGCCCCAGCCGCGCCCUGGAAGAGGCCGCAGAGCAACGGGAGCCGGCGGAGAGGGAGGCGAAGCCCUUUGAGUGCGAGGAAUGUGGGAAGAGGUUCAAGAAGAACGCGGGCCUCAGCCAGCACCUGCGCGUGCACAGCCGGGAGAAGCCCUUCGACUGCGAGGAGUGCGGCCGCUCGUUCAAGGUGAGCACGCACCUGUUCCGUCACCAGAAGCUGCACACGGCCGAGAAGCCGUUCGCCUGCAAGGCGUGCGGCCGCGACUUCCUGGAUCGCCAGGAGCUGCUCAAGCACCAGCGCGCGCACACGGGCCACCUGCCCUUCGACUGCGACGACUGCGGCAAGUCGUUCCGCGGCGUCAACGGCCUGGCGGAGCACCAGCGCAUCCACAGCGGCGCCAAGCCGUACGGCUGCCCGCACUGCGGCAAGCUCUUCCGGAGGAGCUCGGAGCUCACCAAGCACCGGAGAAUCCACACCGGUGAGAAGCCGUACGAGUGCGGCCACUGCGGCAAGGCCUUCCGCCAGAGCUCCAGCCUGCUGGAGCACCAGCGCAUCCACACGGGCGAGCGGCCGUACGGCUGCGGCGACUGCGGCAAGGCCUUCCGCGGGCCGUCCGACCUCAUCAAGCACCGGCGCAUCCACAGCGGACUCAAGCCGUACGAGUGCGACAAGUGCGGCAAGGCCUUUCGCCGGAGCUCGGGCCUGAGUCGCCACCGCAGGACCCACAGCGGAGCGCGGCGCUGCGAGUGUGGCGAGUGUGGCCGCGUGUUCAAGAGGCGGUCGGCGCUGCAGAAGCACCAGCCGAGCCACCGCGACUAAAAGAGCGCCCCCCACCCCCAGCCCCGAGCCCCCCUCGGCGGGCGGUGGUGGCGGCGGCGGUGGCGGCGGCAGCGGUGGCAGCCCAUGGGGCCCAGUCCCCGACAUGGGGAGGGCGGAGUCAAAGGAGAUGAACACUUUUGUAGCGCUUAUCUAUUUUCUCGUCAGAAAGGUCGGAUCCAAUUUAUACUGUCACCAGCAAUUUCUAAGUGUACACGUUUCCCAUCUUGCCUAUCGAGAGUAGCUUCUAGAACAUUCUAAUUUAUUUGGACUAGUAUGACUGGCAUCAAGUACCUUCAAGGAAUCCACGGGCCUCGGAACUGAGAAGGAGAGAAGAGCGACGUGCAGGUUUCGCCGGAGGGGGCUUUUAGGUCCCCUGCGCCGGACUGCCCCGCCUCGCCCCCAGAGCGAGGCACAGAGCAAGUCCUCGACGGCCUCAACAUAACAUGACCCCCGCUUUCCUGAAGACAAGACAGAGCCCCAGAGUUGUUUGGCCUACUUGAAUUUAUAAAUUUUUAGGGAUGUAGAUAGAACACUCAGAUGUCUUAUAAUAUUUAAUUUAUUAAUUCAGCUAUACAUACAUACUGUAAAUCACAUAUUACAUAGAAUAAUAUAUUAAUUUAGAGAAUGCUCCUUUUUUCCCUCACGCCACUACGCAAGAUCAUUUUAUUCUAAAUCCUCACAUGCAUCUCUGACCUCACCAUCUUCACCAACCUCGUCGCCCCUUUCCAGUCAUCCGACAGUUCGGAAGCAUCUCCCACGGCUUCCGUGCGUCUAAGCUGUACACCAUGCAGCACUGUGACAAUCCCUGCACGAGGCUCUCACUACAAACCGCCUCCCAAGCCAUAAAUACAUGUUCUCAUUACAUUAGGACAUUCGUGGUUGUUUUGUUCUGCUUCUUUUUUUUUUCCCUCGAUUUGUCGUAUAGCUCUACAGCAUCACCACUUAACGCGUUCGGCUUUUUCAAAUGACUUUUAAAAGACUUUUUGAAAGCAUCUAGAACUUGUCGUUGCAAGGUCAUUCUCCCAGGAACAAGUACUGAAUCUGGGUCCCAUUGCUUUUGCAUCCAUUUUUCUUCAACCACGUCAUUCUGGUGACUUCCCCAUGCAUCCAAAACUAGCAUCAGCUGGGGUCCGUUUCGGGUUAAUAGGUCUUGUCCUCUAGCAGCACUAUUCUGUUCAAGCUCAAGUAGCUAAGAGAGCACGCCCAUAACAGGGGCGUCUCAAGGACUCAAGUAUAAGAUGAUGCCUCUUUUUCAGGAGUGAUAGCCUCUCUCCCCACGCAGCCAGCCCUCCGUUCUGGGCUCUGUAAAACAGGGGUGAUCACAGGACUACCUCCUAAGGUUAUCAUGAGAACUGUGACGCCACACGCCUGGUCCGAAGGUGCACACUCAGUGAAGGUCAUCUGCUGACAUCGCCAUAAUUACCGCUGGCAUUCUGUGGCCUAUUAGUACCGGAACUGGGGACGGACCCAGGCCUCCUGACUCCUAGUCUCAUUUUCUUUCUCUUGUGCGGUGACUUAAAUCGUGUUCCUGUUUUCUUGCAUGCAGAUUGUACGUUCAUCUCCUUUGACCAGUUAUCAAGUUACCUUUGGAUAUAUUGACUUUAUACAGCUGUUCGUUCUAGAGCGAUUGUGAUGAUCUCUUUUCCAUUUUGAUUGCUUUGCUCUUGGUAGCAGUUUUAUUACACUUUGGUCCUGCGAGUUUUAGGUUUUACGAACCCGAGCACUCACCGUCGUCCGUUAAGCCGUAACUUCCAUUGCUUCAGUACUUUGAUAUGAUGAUGUUUUCUUCUGGAAUUCUGAUUACAAAUGAAAAGUCGAAAGCCCUGCCCCACCAGAAGGUGGAUGCACCAGGUGGGCAGGCUGGAUGGGAAGGGGCCAGAGAAGCAGGCUCUCUCCUCAUCCAAGAUGCAGACUCAGUGCGUCUCUGUGAGUGGGACUUGACUAUCCAGCCUGGCCACACAGACACGCAAGAGAAACUUCCAUCUCGGAUUGGCCAGAACAUUCUGACUGUUCCUCAGUAUAGCCCGGCCUGUCAGCAGCAGGCCUGGGCCUCAACUAGAUCAAUGGGCUAGUCCAGAUGUGGUCUUGGCUGCAGCUGGCUGUCCGUCAAGCUCCUGGGAGCUUUGGCCAUGCCUGGCAUGGAUUCACUGCCUGAGCAGCAGAGCCACACAAGACACAUCUCCUCGAACAUGAGAAGACUCCUUUGACUGAUGCUGUCACGUGGAUUGCGUCCUCCUCCCAAGGAGUGACUCUGCAACUAGAAAGAGGUCGGUCUGGUGGCUUUUGCUUUGGGCGACUAGGGGGAAAUUCACCCACGUGUUCUGAUGUUAACCUCCUGCGGCUACAGCUAAGAGGAGCUCAGAGCAGAGGCUCAGAGAAGAGCCAUGCCCCUCUGAUGCCCUGUGCAUCGUGAUGACAGAAGCUAGCGCCACAGGCCCGGGCUGUGACUCUCAGCGGCCCUGCCCAGGAGGGGCAAUAAAACAAGGGUUCAGAGGGCGACAGUGCCCUUCUGUCAGCCCAUGUGGCAUAGAAAUGGAAGCUGGUCAUCCUGGGGCUGGGCUGUUACUUGCAACAGCCUCCCCCAGGAGGAACAGCAGCAAGGGCUGGCCAGAAACCUGGCCUCCAGUGACCUGCAGACCCUGCAGGUAGAAGCCAGCCACACCGGGGCUGUGGUGUGACUUGCCAACAGCUGGGCCCAGGCGGGGGGAGCCACUAGCGGGCCCAGAGAGGAGGUCAGUGCUUCCCGAUGGGCCCGCCAAGACCGAGCUUCCCAACAAGCACACCUGGAGGGGGUUCUCAGGCCCCCAUCCUGGAAAGCGGGGUCCCCUGGUGACCCCUGUGACCUUAGCCAGAAGGUCGUCUGGAACGGCCCCCAGGCCACAACAGUGGCUCUCUGUGACGUCUCCGUCCUGACCCCCCAGGCACUUGUUACACAGCUGCGCCUCGUGCUCUGUGGCCUCAGCUCUCAGUUGUGGAACUGUGUCUGAAAUCACUGCUUCCUUCUGCAUCCAUUUGCUCUUUGCAAGCUGUCAGGACAUGGUCGACACAACUGUUAUCCGGUAAGGACCUUGACAUUCACAGGGGGCAAGUCGGGCAACCUCCGCUGGAAGUGCUCGGCCACCUCUUGCUCAUUCGCUAGCCAUGCGUCAGCGUCUCUGAAGGAUCCAGAUACAAUGUUGGUAGCUCAGAGCCCCGCGUUGUCGCCACUGCUCCGUUCCUCCCCCUCCGGGACGCGGCGCCCUGGCAUCCCGUCACACCCUCCUGACUUCUUCCAUUCUCAGUUUUCGCAUUUUCUCUGAAACAGACCCUCUCCUAGAGUUAACACUAAAGACCGCAUCUUUUCUGUCACUGUGUUUGCGGGUGACGUCCGUGCUCUCUCCAGCACAAGCAGUCUGUGGCUUUAACGUGUGUCCUGUAGUGUCGCCCAGCUCCGUUUUUGCCUCUAUUGACUCGGGGGUGGAUUUCCUUGGAUUCCGUAGGUGUACUGCGCUGUCAUAUGCAAGAUGUGAUCAAGCUUCCUAUAGUGUGUGCUCGUCUAUGCAUUUGUGUAUCUACCUCAUUUCGUUUUUUCUUUCUAAUCACACAUAUCCCUUUUGCAAGGGAAAUGAAGAGCAGUUGGGUUCCAUAGAACGCUGACUCUCAUUGGAGAUCUAACCUUUUCUUAUAUUCUGAAAGAAACUUUCCAUUGCUUUUAUUAAAGUUUUGAAUACUUGCUGAAAUUUUUAAAUGAAAGUUGUUGUUUACCAUUUUUGCUGCUUAUUAAGAUGAACUGUGUUGAUUAGUUGUGUCACACCCACUUCUGCAUUUCCAGAGCGAGCCCCACACAGUCGCAGUGCUGGUAUUCCAUGGGCCCAGGGCUUCAGCCUUGUCACAUGCCCUGGGACUCUCACCCUGCACCCCAGGCCACAUUCAUUGAACCAGAACCAAACACUUGACUCAGGGCAGCAACCAGUCAUCAGAGCUGUCUGGAGGCGACAGGCUGGGCCUUUCAGGUUCUCUGUCUGUGAAGUGCAAACAAGAGAAAUGAGAGAGAAGUUUCUAGUUGGUGUUGGAAGAAAGUGGGAGCCACACGGUAUUUAGAGGAGUUGACCCCAUGGGUGGCAUCAGCUUGAAGAUCUGUGGGCUCCUGCCAAGCAUUCCAGAGCUGCUUCCACUCCAGCACCCCACAGGAGUCUGGCCACAUGUACUUGGAUUUCUGGCAGCUGCCCCCAUCAGUUCGUUUGUGUCUCCACCCUAGGCUCCCUUGACCUGAGCCAGCUUGAGUGGGUCUCUGCUUUCUGUCAUCCAUCAAGAGUCAGUUGCCUUUUACCACUUGGCUGCUUCCUAAGAAUCACGUGGCUGGUUUUCCUCCUGUUCUACCGGCUCGAGUUCCUGGCCCAAGUCCCACCUGACUGUCGUCAACACCCGUUUAAAUGUGGUACUGUCUUCUGUUCACUCAGAUGGGUAAAAAUCUAUGCCUUUUGGUCUCAGUGAGUUUGACCAAUGCCUUUCUGUCCAGGCAUCCAUACAGGAUCCCCUAUUUGUCCCAUGAAAAGAGUUUAAGUCAACUUACGGAGAACCUGUCAGAUCGGGGAUUUGAGAAUUUCUCUAUUACUAGUAUACUUACAUUCUGUACUUCUCAUUGUAUCAGUUUAGGUGUUUACCUUCAAAACUAAAAAUGGUCUCUUUUAACUUGGCCUUCAGUGUUCUUUGCGUAUCUAAGAAUGGGAGCCGCGUCUGCCCCGGUCCACAUUUCAGUUGUUCGCGCUCUGCUCUCCCUCCUCCCUGGUCUCCCAACUUGUCUGUUUUAUGGCACUUACUAUAAUCAGCCUUGCACUAGAGCUUCGCCCUCCCCACCUGCCCCCCUGCCCGUUAGAUUGUGAGCUCUUAUAAGACAGGGGUGACCCUUCAUGUCUAUUCCCCUACCAGAUCUAGCACAGUGCCUUGCAUCGAGUAGAUUUCAAUAAAUAUAUGUUAAAUGGCA